AUGCAUCAACCUCACCAAAUUCCGCACCAUCCUGGACUAGAUCCUCAUUGUUUACAAGAUAGUCAAAUGAGCAAUGGUGUCAUGUUUUGGCCCGGUCCUUAUUCAACGGUAAGAUUGGAAGAAAUGCCAUUGGGACACUAAUAAUAUUACUUGUCUAUGACAUUAUAUAACUAACACGUUUUUAUUCUAAAUUUUGAUUAAUUUUUAAUUUUUUUUAUUCUUCGUAUCGUCAACGUGUUUUUGUUGCCAUUUUUUGAUAUUAUAGAAGUGCCUUAAACGUAUUUUACAAAACCUUACUUUAGUGUUCUCAAACGCCUCCUCAUAUCGACCCGUCGAUCUCACAAAACCAAAAUAACUUUAUUGUAAACGCGAGUACCCAAAACAAUGUAAACUAUCAACAGCUAAUGGCGGCUGCCGCCGCGGCCGCUGUCACGGUUAGUGCUUCUGGAGCAAUGUCUAGUCAAAGCAGCGAUUGCAACGUUUAUUCUAGUAAGUUUUCACCUAACAAUGUUUUUUCUGUUAACAUACUUUACUUUUUGCCAUUUUUAAUUAGUUAUUCGCCAAAUCCAAAGAAAGUUCAAGAAACUGAAAUUUUAUUAUGAUUUUCCGAAUUAUUUUACAAAUUUUAAAAAUAAAUUGCAGCACAUACGGGAGUGAAUCAGUUAGGCGGGGUAUUUGUGAACGGCCGACCCUUACCUGAUCAUAUCCGAAACAAAAUAGUCGAUCUGUGGAGGCGAGGAGUACGACCGUGUGAGAUCUCAAGACAGUUAAGAGUUAGUCAUGGAUGUGUGUCAAAAAUACUUGGUCGAUUUCACGAAACUGGCAGUAUUAAACCAGGUAUGUAUGUUAUAAUUGUUUUUGCUAUUACUUCGACUGGCUUUAAAGCUACAAGUUGAUUUCAAAAUUUUGGAGUAGGAUCUUUGUGCAGUUGUUACAUUUUUUGAAAGAAGGGUUGGCCUGUAGCUUUUAAAAUAGUGUAAAAUGGUCUAAAACACGGAAAUUUACUGAGGUUGUUAAUUAUUUUGCUUUAACAGUUUCUUCACUAUCAUUUUCAAUCAAAACCUAAGUAAUCAACUCCCAUUUCCAGGUGUAAUUGGAGGCUCAAAGCCAAAAGUAGCCACUCCAAAAGUCGUGAACACAAUCGCUUUGUACAAACUUCAGAAUCCGACAAUGUUUGCGUGGGAGAUCCGAGAGAAACUAAUCGAGGAUGGGGUUUGUGACGCUGAGACGGCGCCAUCGGUCUCGUCGAUCAACAGGAUCGUGAGGAAUCGGAACACGACGACCAAUCAGCAAACGUCUCGGAUCGAAAAGCGCUGCGACGAAAGUGAGGAGAAGAUGGAGGUGAAGGUGUUGCACGAGACUGACAAUCGGAACAACAUGGCUAUGGGCUACCCUAUGGUGAGUUAUUCACAAAAUGGGUUGGGAGUUACUGUAGUGUUAGUAUUGUGCAGUUUGCGUUGAUAGGGUAGGGUACGGUUCGGUAAAAUAGGGUAGGGUAGAAAAUAACUUUUUUUCUUUGACAAACAGUCAUAAAGAAGUCAACUUUAUAAUAUGUCUUGCAGCAAUACCAACCUCAACGAGUACAACAACCAAACGACAACUUUAACUCUCACAAUAUGGAGUCAAGUUAUUGGCUUCGGACAGCCGAAAUGUACAGACAAAGUCUUAUUCCGGGUUUGAAUUACCAAGGUAAGUUCAUUCACUACAUAAUUAUGUCAAUUUAUGUUGCGGACUGGCUUUACUUUUUGUUAAAAUUACGGUAAAACUAACUUUUUUUUGGUAGAGGGUGACUAAGACAAGAUUCAAGCAGUCUUUCAAAGACGCAGGCAAACCAAGGCCUUCUUUUUGACUACUCUUGGUCUAUGUCACUAUACCGAACAAAUUUUUACAAAACUUAUAGUAAAUACUUAUGAUAUAUUUGCUAUAAGUGUUCUGUUAUACUAAUAUCAUCAUCUAAUAACAAUAUUUUUGCCAUUGCGCGCUAUUAAUGAAUAAAAACUUUGCUUUCAGGAUGA